AUGAAAUUGCACCAGGCCAUUUUUGGCUUGGUUCUGCUACCUUCGCUGGAACUACAGGCCGCUGAUGAUGGUGCAAGCAGCUCCACUGCCCACAGUGCCUUGCCAAAGGAUGAUCUACUAUGCGCAGGUGUGACUUUCAAUCUCUGGAGAGUCGUGUCAAAUCCAGGUCUCAGCUGUCAGGAUGUUUGCGAUACUUGGAGGCAGCGUUACUGGAUUCUUUAUGGUGGAGAUAUCUGCGACUUUCGUAGCAAUGUCUGCGUUUGCCUAUAUGCGGGACCAAAUCAUGAAGAACUACAGCGAGUUAUCAACGGCAAAGGCAAGGGGCCUGCAGGCAAUGAGGACAUGGGAACAUUUGGUAUCAUACCAGUCGCUCUUCACCAUUUGUACCUUCCGGACGCUUCCCCGAAACCACUCUCUUCUGGCGCCACAAGCUCUGAUCGCCAAUUCCGAGGCAUGGCCGAUCACUAUCUCGACUUUCUUGCCCUUUACCCCGUAGCGCUCGAGGCUUGGCGACAAAGACAAAGGAAAGCCAUCACGAGUCUGCUGACAUUUGAGCAACUCUCUAAUCAGAUGGAGCAUGAGCUGAUGAAGGUUGGAUCGUGCAAAUGCGGCUUGUCAUUCGAAUACCUGAGCUUCUACAUUGGGACAGGAGAGUCAAGCACUGCUAGCGGCGCGGCAAAUCCUGCGCUAGCCCAAUGCGCGUUGGAUACGGCACUGAAAAGACACUUCGUUGAUGGCUGGCUGGGAUAUGCCCAAUCCGAUUCUCAUGUGAAGCCGUACACCAUCGACACAGAGCUGUUCGGAUGUCGCGACUUUGCCGCGACGGUGACAGGAAAACGAUCCUGUGACAUGCCGUCGCAGGGUGAUUGUGAAGUCGUGCGGUCUUCGCCCUCCAACUUCUUCGGCAACGGACCAUUUGGUGAACACUAUGGCGAAGACGAUCAGGACUCUGAAGCUGAAGUUGAAGCGUCGCAGCAUCCAGGAGAUUACGGGGAUAGCUCAGACUUUGACUCAGACUUUGAUGAAGAGGAGCAAAUGGCAGCGGCAGACGAUCACAUCGAGGCAGUCCUUGAUGAACAGGAGCAAAUGGCAGCGGAGGACGGUGCAAUCGGGGAAGACAUGCAUAUGGCUGACGAUGCGAACGUGAUACCACCACAAACUCCUACACGAGAGGACCACCGCGUGGAACGCGAAGACUCCGAGACUGAUUCGUAA